AUGACAUUCACUUUCAAUCCCUCUAGAGGUUCUCAUUACCUUGUUGAAAAGGCUUGUAGCGCUCACGCUGGUCGCCGACUGCUACAGAUCGUGGUUGAGCGAUCAGGAUUUCCUGGCUAUCUGGGAACUGAUGAUCACGUCUUGUACCCAAAAACCGGUAGUGAUAAUGAACAUACAGUAGAAGGUGGAACAUUGUAUCAAAUUUGGCAAGAUACAGGUGACCGAACCGACUUCAUGAAAGGAGCUUAUGAUCCUGACCGAUUUCACGCAGAAUCUGUAGAACCAUUUGAUCCUCAGCAGUUUUUCAAAGACUUUUACAAACGAUGGGGGAAUGGACCGCAAGCUAAACAAAAUUCACUGUUGGAACAGAGCAAACAGCCCGAGCAGAAUCCACAAUCUGAACAAGGAUCACAAUCUGAACAAAGCUUGUAG